AUGAACUCCGAAGACCCGUGGCACCUCACCGUCGUCCGCACGCGGGGCCUCACCUUCCUCCGCCCCGAAAAGUCGUGGCGCCCGAUCGUCGCCGUGGCGGUGACGGACCGCGGGCACGAGCACGCGCCGCAGGAGGUCGUGCUGGGCUGUGACGGGCAGAACCCGAACCUGAAGACGGGCAUUGUGCUUCAGGAUAUUACCCAGUCGAGCAAGCUCGCCGUCCAGGUCUUCCACAAGUCGCAGACGAAGAAGAAGCACCGGAAACGCAACCUCGUCGGUACCGCGUCUGUCUCGCUCCAAGAGUUCCUCAACAAGCACCCCCUCCCACAUCUGCGCCCCGUCGAGUACGACGUCCGGUUGACGUGUCCCCCUGCGGCGCACAGGAGUCCGACCAUCAACAAGCAGCAGCAGAGCGCGACGCUGACGAUCCGGAUAGCGGUUCCCCAGCCCGAUGCUGGCAUCCAGGUGGACGUCGAAAGCCCGCCACUGUCCCCAAUCUAUGGCAGCGAAAUGCACGAGACCGACGGUAGUCUCCUCUCAGACGGGCCUUCAUGUACGUGCCUGUCAUCUCGCUGCAUAUAUGCGCACCGUUUCACGAUCGACACCUGUUCAGUGUCCCGCACGCGGUCCGACACCCUCGUCAACACUCCGGAUCCUUCCGGGAUGCAGACAUUGCCGGAGACGAGAGGCCUCCGGCGACGGAGGACGAAAAAGCAGGCCGUCAAGGGCUUUCACCUCUUCAGCGACUCGGAUGGACCGCACCCGAUGGAUGAGAGCGACAGUGAGAGCGAUGAGUCGAUCGCGCGGCCUGCGACUCCCUCGGACCGGGACACGGACGACUCGUGGCGAUACCUGUCUGCGAGCGUGAAGGACGUGGACGACGCGUGCUCUCCGCGGAUCCUUCCUACGCAGUUCGAUCAAGCAAGCAUGAUAAGCAUGCAGAACUCGCUGACGUUUGCGGAGGCGUGUGUGGACCGGCUUGGGCCGUACCACGACCUGCGGGAAGCGGAGGUGGAGGACGACGUGGCCAAGGCGGAGAAGGUGCUCGGACGGCUGAUGACGGAGUGGUACGUGGUGGGCGCGUCGCUACUGGCGCUCGCGGGCGUGGACGUCGCGGUGUUCGGGCUCGCGCCGGACUCGAUAUUCGCUGAGGACGUCAACGGCUUUUCGCGCCAGGCGGUCACCGUCGGCGCGAUCAGCGCCGCCAUCGGGUUUCUGGCCGACGUCUGGUUCAUCGUGCUCUACAGCAACGCGAACGCAGCCAAGUUUCAGCGGCUCGCGAAGGACGUGUACGGGACGUACUUCUUCUUCUGCCUCACCUGCCGCCUCCCGACGCUCUGCCUCUUCCUCUCCGCGCUAGCUCUCACGGCCUUCCUCUUCUCGCUCGCGUGGGCUGCCUGGCCGACGGCGGUGCUCGUGAUGUCCUUCGCGGCCGGCGUCCUCCUCUCCUCCCAGUUCCUCAUCUUCGGCGUCCACCGGUUCGUGAACCUGCUCGUCUGGCUCGUCCGUGUCGCCUGGCGGGCACUGGCUGCGCGCACCGUCACCGUCACCGUCACCGUCACCGACACUCCCUCCGACGCUCCCUCAUCUGCACCUCCCGCGGCGACUGGCGUCCCGUCGGCGUCGCACGCGCAGCUCGACCGCAUCGAGAUGCCAGUGCCGUGCCCGAGCCCUGCGCCCGCGCGGCACGGGAGGGUCGACGUCGUUUUCGUCGAGCACGUCGCCGCGAUGGCGGGCUGA